GAACGAGCGCACCUGUGGCUCCUCACUGUAGCCUGUGGGAGGGGAGGGUUUUCGAAAUUGUUUUCUUCUCUAGCCGUCUUCUUCUCCGUCUCCCAUAAACUCGACAACGGGCGCCCUAGCCGUCCCCAAAAUUUCUAGGAUUUCACAGCAACGUCUAGCUCAGCAUGUACAGACUUGCUGCAUCACGGCUCAGGGCUUCCAAGGGCCGCCCAGGGGGCUGGGGUGCUGAAAGGUUAGCAAGUACAAGUGCUGUGGUUGCCAAGUCGUCCCCCUCUGGAGGUUUCUUUAGUUGGUUGACUGGCGAAAGGUCUAGCCCUCUUCCUCCUUUGGACUUCCCACUUGCAGGCGUCAACCUCCCGCCUCCACUACCUGAUUUGGUUCAACCAGGCAAGACCAAGAUAACAACUCUUGCUAAUGGUGUAAAGAUCGCAUCAGAAACAUCACCUAGUCCAGCAGCUUCUAUUGGUUUGUAUGUUGAUUGUGGUUCCAUCUAUGAGAAGCCAAUCUCCACUGGGGCCACACACUUGCUAGAGCGGAUGGCCUUCAAGAGUACAACAAAUCGUAGCCAUUUACGCAUUGUUAGGGAAGUGGAGGCAAUUGGAGGUAAUGUCACAGCCUCAGCUUCACGGGAGCAGAUGGCAUACACUUUUGAUGGUCUAAAAACAUAUGCCCCUCAAAUGUUGGAGUUGCUUAUUGAUUGUGUUAGGAACCCAGCCUUCUUGGAUUGGGAGGUUGAUGAACAGCUGCAUAAGUUGAAAGCAGAGAUUCCAGAAUAUUCCAACAAUCCUCAGGGCCUUCUUUUGGAGGCAAUUCAUGUAGCUGGUUUCUCCGGUGCACUGGCCAAUCCUCUUUUAGCUCCCGAGUCAGCAUUAAGUACAUUGAAUGGCACCAUUUUGGAGGAAUUUGUUUCUGAGAACUACUCUGCUCCUCGGAUGGUUCUUGCAGCAUCUGGAAUUGAGCAUGAGGACCUUUUAUCUAUAGCAGAACCGCUUCUUUCAGACCUUCCCAAUGUACCCCGAGCUGCGGAACCAAAAUCUGUGUAUAUUGGAGGAGAUUAUCGUUGCCAAGCUGAUUCUGAAAGCACACAUGUUGCUCUGGCAUUUGAAGUUCCUGGUGGAUGGCUUAAUGAGAAAGAAGCUGUCAUAUUGACUGUUCUUCAGAUGCUUAUGGGAGGAGGUGGCUCAUUUUCUGCGGGGGGUCCUGGGAAAGGAAUGCACUCAAGACUGUAUCUUCGUGUUUUAAAUGCACAUCAACAAAUUCAGUCUUUCUCUGCAUUCAACAGCAUCUACAACCAUACUGGACUCUUUGGCAUUCAUGCCACCACUGACUCGAUGUUUGUUUCAAAAGCUGUUGAUUUAGCAGCAAAUGAACUACUUUCAAUUGCAACACCUGGAGAAGUUGGACAGGUGGAGUUAGAUCGUGCUAAGAAGUCCACAAAAUCUGCAAUUCUGAUGAAUCUGGAGUCAAGAACGAUCGCGUCGGAAGAUAUAGGGAGACAGAUUUUGACAUAUGGAGAGAGGAAGCCUUUGGAGGAUUUCUUGAAGGUUGUGGAUGGAGUCACAUUGAAGGAUAUUACCUCCCUUGGCCAAAAGAUUAUUUCAUCCCCUCUCACACUUGCAUCAUAUGGGAAUGUUGGAAGUGUCCCACGCUACGAGACAAUGAGCAGAAGGUUUCAUGCAAAGUGAGUGCAAUUGCAGAUUAAGCUGCAAAAUUGGAGAUUUUUCAGAGAAAUAUUUUUCAUAAAUAUGGUUCCUCUAGGGUCCUGUUUGAAUAUCUUUUUCCUCAAAUUUUGUUUUGUUCGUCUUCUAUGUCUUCCCAAAAUCUUGGAUGGGAGAUCCUUCCAUCAUUGACAGAAAAUUUUGUCAAUUUAUGUUUUUUCGAUUGGUCAGUAAUGCAAUUUGAAGCAUUAUUUGAACCAAAGGAGC